GCCUUCUCGUCAAAUCUACCUUUUCUAGUGUUCAAUAAUUUGAUUAAAAGAUUGGGCCUGCAUUGCUAUAUGUGCAAGAUAUUGAUAAAUGUUUAUGUUUAAAAAGUAUUUCACUAAAACUGUAACGGUUGUAGUAAAAAAGUAUACAAAGUUGGUCACAUAUUUGGAAAACAAAUGGGCAGAUAAACAUGCCUCAUCGUUUCAUAGUUAUAAAUUAUUUAAAAACGGUGUCCACUCAACUUUGGUAGAUUUGGGUGACCUCAGUCAGUUAUGGAUGGAUAUUACUUGUCGUUCUCAGUCAAUCUUAGAAAUACUACCGACUCUAAGUAGACAUCAGGUGUAUGUCCUACGUCAGGUACCUAAAGAUUUGAUGAAGAUUUUGCCUGUAAUGCUUCUUGCUCCGUUACCAGGAACGAUAUUAAUUUUACCGAUUUUUUUUGCUUUUCCUCGUAUUUUUCUGUCACGAGCAUUCUGGACACCAGAACAAUGUAAAUCUAUCGAUACAAAAUGUUUGAAAGAUCGAUUUGACUAUCGUACUCAAUCUUUAUUAAAGUUUAAACUUCUGAAAAUAAUUUACUCGUCUCCAUGUUCUAUGAAUUAUUCUCAACCUAUUUUGAAGUCUUUACGAAAGUUAGCUAGUGCGUUAAGUCAGGCUUCAAUAUUAGAACCAAUUUCGGCCGAAGAAAUUUGUGAUUUAAUACCUGCCUUUAAAGGUCCAUUAUCAUUAGAACAAUUAGAUACGAGUCAUUUAGCGGCUUUAUGUCGAUUACACGGUCUCUCUAUAUAUUCAUAUAUAUGGAUAAUGAAUACAUUAUUAUGGAAUGAUUUAUUCAAGAGAAAAUCCAUUCUUAAAACAUCUCGUAUACUUGUAUUAAAGAAACAUGCAUAUUUCUUAUAUGCUGAAGAUCAAUGUAUACAAAAAGAUAAAUUAUUCAAUGAUCAUUCUUUAUCAAUUAUACAAAGUUCUGGAUUGAAACAACUUUGUUUACUACGAGGAAUUAAUCCGUACUUAUUAAAUGAUAAAGAUGUAAAGGAAAAAUUACAGUAUUGGAUUUCAUCAUCAACCCUUGCUUCAGGUAAGAAAAACAACUAAAUUCUUAAUGUUAAUAUUAUAUAAGUGUGAUUAGUAGAGUUAUUUGUAUACUAUAAUGUUUGUAUGGUGUGUUAAUUAUAUUUAAUUUACCUACGGAACAGUAAACAAAACAAUGUUACCUCCGCGGGACUAUCGUGACCAAUGAUUGGAGACUCUAGUUAACAUGGUUCAAAAUCGAUCACAAUGGCGUAUGUGUAUACACUCUUUGUCUUCCGUUAAACCGUGAGAUUGAAAUUGCUUUACACCUUUCUUUCUACGAAGUAAUUUUUUUUCUUGUAUUAUAUCCUUAUACGCAAUCUUCUUUUUAUAUAUUACUACCACUGAAGUAACUUCUUCUAUGAAUUCGGUGUUCACGUGGUUGUGCUAAUGAGGUGUGGCAACUUGGACUGAUGCCUGGUCCUACGUUGUAACUGAUUAACUGACCUCGUCUUUAGUGCUAAUCGAAUUCUAUCAGUCACGUUUGUAGUGUCGUUAUCAGUCUGAGUGAUUUAAUUUCAUAGGGGAACAUACUUGAUGUAAUGUAUCAUUUCAUAUUUUUCAUUCUGUGAUUUCGUUUUAUCACUUCAAACUUUAUGAUCUAAUCUAAUUGUCUAUCAGUCUCACUUUUAAUGAUUUUAGUUUCUUCCUUUUGUUAUGCUGAUGUGACUGUAAUUUCGUGUGACCACAGAAAAUGGUUCUUGAAAUAGGAGACAACAGAUAUUUCCACUAUGUUAUAAAGAAACCGAAGAUUGAUGUUAGAUGAAAAUUUUAUUCACCCUUCAAAUGCCCGAUGCCGAAUACUUAUCAACCAAACAUUUUUACUUAUAUAUAGAUUUUACUGGAGAUUUGGUCAACAACCUGUAAACAUGUCUUUUUUAUGUAUCACCAAAUCGUUUUAAUCAUAUUCUGAAAACAAUAACAUAAUGUAUACCAUUUUAAAGACAUAAUCAUAUUGAUGAAAAUAAGAAUAUAGCAUGUAGAAAAGGCAAAAUAGUUCAAAAGAUAUGAUUUAUGAAUAGUUUGGGUUGAACAUGUUUACACAAAGACUUUAUUCACGUGAAGUAUGCCAUUCAAGUUAAAUAUUUAAUCAUAGGUUGUAACAUUUUAGAGUACAGCAUUUUUGUCAGAACUAAACACUGUUAUAGUAAUUAGUCUUGUAAACAUAAAGUUAUCUCUAGUGUGCAGUACAAUAAGAACAUAAGCACACUACGAUAUUGGUAGCUAGAACGUCCUGAACAUUUUGGAAUGAUAGAUACUUCAUAGUAUGCAGUUGUUGUAAAUAAUUAUUUUCUUAGUAGAAGGACUGUUAAGUCAUAUUUCAGAGCGAAACUUGCUGCGAAGGAUAUGAUUAUAUUAAGAUUUUAAUUCUUAUUUUUUAACUAACUGGAAUCAAUGACUUUUCAACUUCUUGUUCAUUCAUUUAGUCUCUAAAUAAUAGUAUCCGACUAACAGUUAGAUUUUAAUUGCUGAAUAUUAUUACAUGGUUUACACUACGGACUGAUUUUAGUCAAACAACGUUUGAAACCAAGAAGCACUGAAUAUCUGUUUUUUAUUCUUGUAUGAAAUUUCUGAAAAUGUGAAUUUAUGACUCCUCUGCUGAUUAAAUUCAAAACUUUCAAGUUUCGUGACAAGCUCUUAACUUUUGAAUUACGGAGCCGACACCAUAUGAUUUGCACGUGUAAUUUUAAUCAAUUCUCUACUGAUUUUGAGAGGUAAUCCUUAGGGUUCUAAUGCGAAACAUAACCAGUAGGGUUUAGCUAUAUUGAAUAUGAGGCAGUUACCCACCAAUCGGCUUUAAAUAUGACUGCACAUUGUUGUGAACUGAUUCGUGCUAGAUGCCGGAUCAGUGAUCUGAAGUUCGAGUGCUCUCUACGUAACCUGGAAGUUUUUUAAUGCGACCCCCACCUAGGGUAGGGGAGUGGUCGUUUAGAUAAAAUUGUGGUUGGAGGUGGUCAACAGGAA